AUGAAAUCGUCUCCGUAUCUCUAUAUCGCCAAGUUCCUUUCGAUCUUACAUCCUCCUCUCCCUAAAACCCCUCGAGCAUCCAAGACACUCGUCAAUGUCCUUGAGUCAGCCUUCCAAAAGCAUCUCGAUGAAGUCCAUCCAUCCCCCGCCUCUGUAAGCCCCAAAGACUCGACCACAGUGCCCGAUCCUAGCCAUCAAGUGGCCCACGACCUCCACCGUCACUUUGACAGUCUGCUUGCCCAUCCCCUCCUUGCCACCCAACAUGCCGUCACCCCAAAGUCUCGCACCGACACCGCCGCCGCCGUCAUUAGAUUUGAGCAAGUCGGGCUGAGCGGAGUCCGUGGCUUCAAGCUGGUACAAGAGUGCUGUCGAUUAUACCUCCGUGGUCUCAAAAAACAGGAACGUGUCCCUGCUGGUGGCCAACUCGCUCCUCGAAUCUUGAACUGGUACACUCAGAUGAAGCCAACUGACAAGUUUCUAUUUUUGACGAACCACACAAUCCUUUCUUACGUCGUUCCAGUCAUGUACAAAGAUGGCCUUGAGUCUGAAGUCUGGAAUUUCCUGCGGACCCUCUACGAGUCCUCUUUUGGCGAGUUGGACUCUGUAUCCGAACUCGUGUCUUGUUCGGAAGGGAGUCGAAGUAAGGUUCGGAGCGUCGAAGCCGAGGAUUACUUGAUCUCCCUCAUGAUCAGGCAAUUUUCCAUGAAAGACUCCUUGUCCGAUGCUGCUCAUCUCUUUAUUCAAGCCGCUCAGUACCAAGAGGCUCGGUCGAUUCCUUUCUCUUUGGUCUUGAGCAGCAAUUGCCUCGCAUCAGCCAUAAUUCGUGUCAGACACAAUCAUCAGUUGUCUCUGGAUGUAUAUCGGGAUGUGCUACGAUAUUUUACCGAUAGCCAUUGGCGCUCAUCCUGGAACUCUGCUUGCCUCGAACUCUACGAUCCAUUAUCGCCGUCCGCUACAUCUUUGCUCAAACAGAUUCGAAUCCCCAAACUCACCGAGCGUUUCUCACAGCACCCGACUCAACAACAAAACGUAUACACAGCUCUCCUUGACGCUGCCGAGCUAUCUGAGAAGCAGGGCUCUGUUGCGGCCACCCGGGAGUUUUUAAGUUUCACAUCUUCGCUUUUUCCAGACAGAACGCAGCCCAAGGUCAUGGACCCGGAUCCAUCGAAGCAUUCGAAAAAAGACACCACCGUCGAGACCAUUUCGGAUUUUGCCUUCGCCAGGGCUUGA